CUUCAACCACAGUUAAAACUGAAGAAGAAGAAAUGGUAGUAGUUUUGUCGUUCGUUAGUUGAUGCUUGUUUUAUGCUAAGGAAAACGUCAGCGCAAGUAGCAAUGACUCGCGACCGUUUCGCCUGUUGUGUUUUGUGUGAACGUUCCGAGGAGACGAAGAUAACCGGAGCUUUGUCUACUAAAGACGGCCUGACGGCUCAUCAGAACUGCUUGCUUUUUGCCUCUGGGCUCGCGUGCACCACUGACAAACCAGAGUUUGAUGACUUGUUUGGAUUCUCUGUUGAAGAGGUGAAGAAAGAGGUGAAACGGGGACGCAAACUGACAUGUUUCCGUUGUAGGAAAAGGGGCGCGGUUUCUGGGUGUGAUGUCAAACGCUGUCAGAAGUCCUUCCAUUUCCCCUGUGCCGUUGAGGAUAAAGCUGAGAUUAUAGAGAAUUUUGGAAAGGAGGAAUUUAGGCUGUUCUGUUUGAAGCACAGUCAAACAAAUUCUGUAAAUGAAUUCACAAAAUCUCAGUCGCCAAAUAAUUCAAAGAAAGCCAGAAGACCCCAGCAUGCUCCAUCAUACAAGAGGAAAAGCAACGCAGGUGAGUCCUCAGCGGGCCAACGGUCACCUUCAGUCAGCAGCAGCAGCACUUCACGUACCAAGUCUAGCUCUUUCAAGAGACGGUUGAGUUUUAAUGAACGGAGUGAAAAGAAAAAGAAGAAAGCUAAAAGGUUGCAUUCUGAUAGUUCUUCAAACUCAGACCCAGGAGCUCUUAUACCUCCAAUUGACUCUGAUUUUGAUGAAAGUACCCCCCCUCUGUCACUGGAAAAGACACUCCGGUUUGCUGGACAUCCAUCCAAAAGCGGAGACUCGGAAGUACCUAUUGGAGACCGAGUAGAGGUCGUGACCUCUGAUGUGAAAAACCAUGAUCUCUCCAUUCACUCUGAUGCUGAAUCAGAGAGUUUGCUGCCUCUCGUCUUCAGUCACGGACAGCUUCGGCCGAACCAGGGGGUCAUUUGUUUAGAGAAAGAAGUUCAAACAAUCAAGAGGGAACUAGAUUUCAGCCCUGCACCGAGUCCGACCCACAGUCUUGAGAAACUCGCUGAUGAACCUGUCCCAGAGGCCCCGCCCUCUCAGGGGCAGUUCAGUCCCAUUCCUGCGAGCUCUCGUGCCAGCUCAUCCAUUGAACUGGCUGUGUGCGAACCCACCUGUGUGACCUAUAUCUCCUCUUCAUGUUCCUCCCCUGCACCUGCCUCAGACCCACCUCUAUCCCCAUUAGAAGAACUUCCCUCAGACCCAAACCCUCCUCAAGCCCCCCCUUCAGACCCGGACCCGGCCCUCAUCAACUCAGCCGGCUUCUGGAGAAAAUGCAACAUGGCAAGAUGCACCCAGGCCCUCUUCUCUGAAUUUAUUAAAGAAAUGAACGAGAUCUGCCGCAGAAUCCAGUCAGAUCAGGCCAGCCAGGAGGAUUACGACAACGCGCUGUCAGUGAUGAAGGCUUCUGGAAGACUUAAAGUGUUUGUAGACAAGCAACAUGAAGAGCUGCAAAGGAAACAAGCAGAACUGCAGGUGGCAGCAGCAGCCAUGAAGGACGUCGUGUCUGGUGUAUCUGUUCUGAUGGGAUGAGAACAUUUUUCAUCUUUUCUGUGUCAAAAUGACGUCUUUAAAACGUUUAGUCGUCAAGGUUUAACAGUCUGUAUUUUAAAAAGGUGAAACCAAGACUAAAGAACAAUUGAACAUGAAGAGCCUGAUUUGAGUUUGGGCUUGACUUUAAUUCAAUUUUGGUCUAAUCUUAUUUUUAAAGAAGUUUUACACAUUUUUAUGCUGAUGUUUGUAUUCUUUAUCUAACGUUGACAAAAUGUUUUGCAAUUUCUCCAUUUACAUAUCUAAUGUUAAUUUUUAGUCAAAUAAAAAAACAAGCUGUGCCGCUGA